AGCCACGACCUUUUCUACGUCCUGAGGUCACGUAGAUGUAGAACGAGAACGUAGCGAUUCUACUCUCUGAGUUGCAUUUGUAGUGACAUACUCCUACCUCUGUGGUGAGGUGCUUCUACAACUUUCUGAGGUGCACUAGCUGUAGUGAUCGUCUACUGACGCCUUACUUACCUCCAGAGGUGUACGUUUAGCAGGUAGGUAUGAAGCGAGUUUCUUUCGCACCUUGUAGCAGUGCUACAGCAUCCUCUUCGACCUCCAGAAACCGUUUCUGUUUUCCUACCCAUCGCUCCAGUGAAGCCAGAUCAGAGGCGAGUAAUGCCACCAGUAAGCGAAGCUAUCAUACCUGCUUGGAGUUACGGGUUUCUCGACGUCAUUACACACUUCUACUACGCACAACCAUAUUAAACGGUGCUUAUACCAAAGUAUAUUACUUAAAUAUAGAAGGAGAGGUAUGCUGGGAUUUUAAACGCUAGAAGUAGCAUACAGAUUCAGUCGCUUUCUAAUUUUCGAAGGUGGGCAGCUGUCAGGAGAUGACGACGACGUCCUGAUGGAGGAUGCAAGAUCGGAUGAGGAAUUUCCAGAGACAUUUAGUAUGGGAGAACGGUGUGGUCGCUCUCAAGCGGACGUAGCAAUGGACUUUGCUGAAGAUGGAGAGGAAGCAGAGCCCUCACUUCCAAAAAGUGUUGUUAAGGCUUGUUCCCUAAUCCAUCUUCGGAGGCUUCCUGGGGACGUUUUUCAAGGGGAGCAGGCGUCUAGGAUGCGGCCCGAGAUGGAUUAGUGCGGGCUCUAAUAGUGAUUCCUCCGUAACCUUUCAACACAGAAUAGAAGAACACGAUCCAGGAGUAGAACCCCCACUAUCUCCCAGUCUGAAGAAGUACAAGCGUGACGACAGUGUGAUGCCACCACUACGCUUCGGGUUGCUCCGGCAGGAAGAUAUAUUAUGGUCGUGGUCGGCUUUUGAUAAUUUUAUACAUAUCUAUCGCCUGCUCAACUAGUGCAUCUCUUUGGUAAGGGUAUCACUUUGUCGUUCGCAUAUUGAAAGAACACAUCGUCAAGGGAAAAGAAGCGUACCGAGAUCAAGAUGUAAAGACGGAGAUACACAAAGUUAAACAAGAUAAACAUACAGCCCCACUUUUCUAUCUCUCUAAAGAUAGAGAUGCUAUCUCUCUCCCCAUCCCCAUUGAAUCGCUUGAAGCGUCGACGACGCUUACGAUCUCCUGGCAGCGUCCCUGCGAAAUCGUCGAAAAAAAGACUCACAAGGGACUCACUGUUGUUAUGCUUGCUACAGUCAUGCUCAUCUAGUCAAUGCAGAUUCUUUGCGAGUAAUAAAUGAAUGAAAAGAAAAGUGAGUAGUUUGUUAAUAUCUAUUAUAAGUAAGGCUCACGUGUUUGCAACGGUUUUAGAAUUAACGGGACUGCUCUUACUGCAUAGAGAAAUUUAUUGGAAGAUGAAUAUGAGUAGAUUAAAGUAUAACUAAGUACUAGGCGGGAAGAAAGUAAAUGAAGAUAAAGCAAGGGUAGUUGUUCGUAGUUGCGCUUCACAAUUUGACACACUGCUGGAACUGUUUUGUCCCGCCUUUAGGUUAGUAGUACUAAAUGCGACACCAUGAUGAUGAUCAACACGACAUGCCCAUUAUCGUAUAAUCCUAGUUGACUUUUUUACCUUUAACCUUUUCCGCCUUAGUUCGGAAACCGCCAGACUUCUCCAAGGAACGAGAGCAAGUUGCGAGGAAAAGGAUGAGCAGGGUAAUGAGAACCACGAGUACAACUGGGAGAGGUACUUCUAGCAGACCUAGCAGAGUCGGAGUAUCAAAGAUCGAGAUUGACCACUCAUCUGUAACCUCAUCUUCUUCCUCUAGCACCGCAACCUCAACUACAGUGUCACCAAGACACAACGACUCAACAGCAUCUUCGUUUCUAGGUGGGACAACCAAUGCCAAUACCAACACCAAUACCAAUAUCAAUACCAAUACUGAAGUAGGGACAUCAACGGCGAGUAGAGAGGCGAAGAGGUGGACUAGCACACUUGUGCAAGAUCUCCAUGGGGAACCACGCACGAGGCAAGAACUACGUGAAGAGCAUCAUCGACAACUAAGAAUGGAAAGUGACGCAAGCAGUCCUCUAUCACCCCCACGUCCGGCCAGAAAAAACGACCAGAACGCACACGACCAGACGGGACCUGGUGAAGACACGAUGACACCGAUAAUGUCACCUGCAAGUAGGAGGAGAAGUCACGUUCCUACACCCAGGUCCGAGAGAAAAUGGGAGUCAUUUAGAGUGCGGGAAUUAAAGCAACUACUGGAAGGAAGGGGCAUCCACGUGCCAAGUGGCUUAGAAAAACGUGACCUCGUCGAAAUUUUGACGAAAAACACACUAGCACUCAGAGGCGCGGGGGAAGAACUUAGGAGAGGGGCGGGGCAAAAUACUUGUUGUACUGCUACUGGAAGUUGGAAUUGUAGCACGACAGCUUCGGAACAUCAUUUUUCUAGGACUAGUUCUAGUAGCACCUUCUGGAGCAAAAAUGCUGGGACAGCUACAACGUCAACAACAGCAAGUAGGACCAAAGACAAUUGCGGCCCUGGUGCGAUAUUCGCUGGUGGUGGUGGCGUUGGUGCUGUGACGGCAGACAUGAGGAGGAAGCAGAUAUCUAGGAUAUUAGCAGUACCCACUACGCCAACAACGCGUGGCAUUCGAGAGUUUCUGGCAGCAACGUCAGUACGGAGAAGGGAGACUGAGUACUGUAGUUGAGUGUGUGUGUUGCUUCUUUCAUCCUUCUAUCCUUUUAUCUUCCUUCAUACUGCUUUUUGAAGUUGUGAUAAACUAUUCAGUUUUUGUUCGAUAUUCAUUCUGACGAUACGCAUGAUGACGAUCCUCUUCCACCUCCACGUACUCGAGAAACCUUAUGCGUUUAGCUUUAGUCUAUGUCUUUCAUCAAAUAAUAACAUGAUUAAAUGACCCCACAACUGCACCUGCACCUCUACUUCUCCAGUUGGGCUUGGGCCGUGCUUGAGUUGCAAUAUACGAGCAGCUUAGAGGAGAUACGCAGGGCAGUGAAAGCUUUGUUAAGGGUUGCCACAUUACAUCCUUCACUAGCAUCCCUGACAGGUCUUUUUUCAGUAAGAAAGGACUCAGGGACGACGUGUUGGGGAAAGGGAAUGUAAUUCCGGAACCUCUAACUUUGAGGAUACUGGUGCAUCCAGAUAAGCUGCCACCAGGGGACAGACACGCAGCAGAGCUUGCCUUCAAACGUGUGGAAACGGCAGUUAUGAUUGCUUAAAGUCAAAUAAAUGAUUGUUAAGCUGCAGUUACGAUUAGAUAGUAAGCAUUAGCUGCCGUUAAGAACAGAAAUUGCUUUCGUCACUAUUUUGUGACGUUCAACAACCAACACCAUACUCUUUUCACCUCUCAUAUCACAGGCAGCUGCGUUGAAAGAAGUGCGGAGUUAUGGCUCGUUUUGGCCCAGAUUCUAGUGUAGAUUGAGAAAACCAAAACUACCUUGUCCAUGUCCCUCAGCAGAGGCAAAUGCUCAAGGAAGGACACCGUUCGCUCCAGCUUUUGAAUAUAACGAAAAGGUGCUACUCGUCAGAAUCAAGAACAUAGUAACUCUAACAACUCAUUCGUAGCUCAUCAUCGAGUCUUUCAAGUUCAACUACAUCAAAGAAUUAUACUCGAACACGAGUAGAUACUUCUCCAUGUCCAAUCCCAGGAGGUCCAGCUAGGUUUACAGCAUGAGAAUAACUUUUUAUUUUGCAAGAGUAUCAUGUAAAUGAAUACCAUUUCAGCGUCGCCGUAACGUAUCAUGAAAUCAACGACCCUUCCCUUCAUACGCACACUUUUUGACAACAUCACUGAUUUCAUCGCAACAAACGAAAAUAUUGAGUUCGAGAACCAAAAUGUUCGAUAGUAGUCUCAAGGCAUGC